GCUAGUCACUCGCUCGGUUCGGUUUUAGUUUUUGGCUUUAGCUUCCAUUUUUCGGCUUCAUUUUCGGCUCUUGGACCUGGCUUUAGUCUAAUGCUCACUUUUUUUUGGUGUAUCUAAGUGUAAUUCGUGCGAACUGGUGAAUGUUGUCUGUGCUGGUUCGCUCGAAGGAGUGAUCAUCGCCAUUCAGCCGGAUCAAGGCGGUCAAGCAGCCUCAUCAUCAUCAUCUUUGGCGCAAGUUAUUAUCAUCAUCAGCGUAGGCCACCAUAAACGGGACACUGUAAUCAUGGCGUUGUAUCAGCUGCUCCUCCUGUCCGUCGUCCUGACUGCUGGUGUCCAAGGGGUCCUUUCACCACUUCCCGGCUACGAUGACGACACUUCACCACUGCCUCUGCGAUUGGAGGACUUGGAACGGGAACAGGAGCAGCACCAGCAUCUGGACCUCAAUCGACCCCCCCUCCUGCCCAAUCACUACGAGUGGCGACCAGAUGUGGCCGCCAGUUUGCCGCCAAGUUACAUCCAGGAUGCCGCCCAACGGGAGCGGGAUCUCGAGCAGCUCAAGCGUUUGGAGGAGCUGCGUCAGUUGCAAAGGCAGCAUCAGCAACUCAGUUCGGGUUACGCCUUUCCCGCCCACCUGCCAGGUGUGCUCUAUGUUGGACAGACGGCUGCCACGCCUACUCCCACGCCCACACCUUUGGCAGCCCCGACACUGGCCUCUACUCAUUUCGGAAAACCCAUAGUUCCCUACGAUUUGGAUUUGAGCUUAAACGGUAUUCAGUAUGUGGCGAGUAACGCUCUGCCCCUCCCAGUGCCACGCCCUCUACCAACGCCCCAUGGCCGGCCGCCUUUCAUCUACGGAUUCACGCAGGGCAGCAGACCCACCACCAACAAACUGCCACCUCUGGUGGUUCAGCAGUCGAAGCAAUUCGCCUACGCCCCCGCCCCGCCCCCUCAGCGACAAUAUGCGAACGGACCUCGGAUUCCACUGCCAUAUCCCCCGAGUUUUGUGAGCAUUACGACUCGAAGACCCGGAGCAGAGAGGUACAGACCGUUCCGGCCAUCGCAGCCGGAUCCCACGCCCGAUUUGUUCGCCGGUCGGGCCUCGAAAUCGCUGCUGGACUCAUAUAUUCCCAGCUGGGAGGUUCUCCGCCUCAUCAGGGAGCACAGUCCACGUCCACAGCAGGGAAGCAGCACUCCCAUCCAUCGUCAAACGCUCGCUUAUCCAGCUCCGCCUCAUUUGAGACUCUAUAAGCGGGAUUCCCAAGAAGAUCGCUCGAGAAUCGUGAAGAAAUCGCUGCGCCAACCCGGCAAGCUCAAGGAGAAUUAAGGACAGUAGGCUCGGGUCUAGAUCUAGUUUAAUGAUUAUAUUUUUUUAUUAUUGUAAUACACACAAUAUUUA